AGGACAUGCUGUUCUCUGCGGAGGUCAACAUGGAGGCGGUGCCGCAGAGCGCGCUGCAGCAGAUCUGCAGCGGGUACGGCCCAUUGACCUGCCGCGAGACGUGGCACGUGGAGCACCACGAGUCGCGGGCGGCGGUGGAGAUCUCCAACGUCCCCACCAACGCCAGCGUGACUGUUUUCAUUCGGGUCGACAUCACGGGGCGGCUGGACGGCUCCGGUUGCGAGGUGGACAGCCGGCUGUUCGCCAAGCCCCGGGAGCCCCACGCCCCGCUGCCCCUCGGCCUGGUGGAGCAGCUCACGGAGGUGCACCACCGGCACUCGGAGGCCUUCCGGGACGUGCUGAUGGCCCUGGCGCGCGAGGAGGCCUUCCAGGCC